GUGACUCCAAACCGGAUCUUCCAUGCAGUCUGUUGAUGGCAACGGGCAUCGUGUGCAUGAGGGUCAGUCAUGCAAGUUCGCGGCGCAUCAUCCCCUGAGUUACGCUGUCUAUCACUUGCAUCCAUCAGAGCACGUUCACAUUGAUGGCAAGUUGGAAGAGGACGCGUGGACGGCGGCUCAGUGGACCGCACCCUUCACAGAUAUCAUCGGCCCGAAGCACUGGAGUCAACCGUGGUUCGAGACUCGAGUCAAGAUGCGUUACGAUGAUACGUUCCUGUAUGUGGGAGCGUAUAUACAAGACACAGAUGUAUGGGCCACCCUCACGAAGCGCAAUUCGGUUGUGUUUACCGACAACGACUUUGAGAUCUUUGUCGACCCAGUGGGGACGACGCACAAUUACAAGGAGUUCGAAGUAAAUGCGCUCAACACGACAUGGAACCUCUUCCUGAACAAGCCUUACCGUGACGGCGGCGCCGAAAACUCCACGAGGGUGGACCCAGUCCACGGAUUUGAUAUGCUGCCAUGGGGCCUCCGCAGUGCCGUCUACACCAAAGGCCGCGUGAACGACCCGAAUCAGCACGUGCAUUACUGGACGGUGGAAGUGGCGUUGCCGCUGGCUGCGCUGGCCUGGAACACAACGGCGGUCGUGCCGCCGAUGCUCGGUUCGUCCUGGCGCAUCAACUUCUCCCGCGUCGAGUGGACCGUGGAAGUCAAAAAUGGACGAUACGAAAAGACCAAGAAUUUGCCCGAGGACAACUGGGUGUGGAGUCCCCAAGGCGACGUGGCCAUGCACAAACCUGAGAUGUGGGGGUACCUGGACUUCGUCCAGCAGAACGAUUCCCCCGUUGCCCUGAAGGAAGACUUGGAAUUCCCUGCACGAUACCAAGCAUUUGCAAUCUACUACGCCCAGAAGGCCUUCUUGGCGCAAUACAACCGAUACGCUGACACCCUCGACGAUCUCCUCCCGUGGAUUGCAGACAAGGACGUGUUGUCGUGUCUCCAUGUGGUCUACAUGUCCGCGACGGCCGAUCGAUUCCACGCCGGGACGUUGGCAUUUGGAUACACGGCUCACAUCCGAUACGAUUCCUUUAUAUACGUAACGACGGCAUCGAGCGGCGCGGCGGCUUUGGCGUAGAUGCCGUGUAACAAGUAUACAUCUGCACGCCCCUGAUGCUCAUGACGACCAUGCAUGUUAGCCGCAGCGCAUGAAGCGAACGAUGCAUUCUGGAGUGCGGCGGCACAACGACAUAAGCACAAAAUGGUCACAGUAUUUGACGGAUGCGUCCAACGGCG